AUGCACUGUCUACGCGGACUGAGAGCAAUUCGCGACUUGCAUCUUGCCCGUGAACAGUGCCACAGGGCCACCGGCUUUCGACUCAACUCGACGGUCGGCCUCGGACAAAUUCGCGCUUCUCGCCGCUUGGCCCGCUGGUCGCAAAACCGUAUCCCGGUCAAGACAGGGACGCACCUCAACGCCGCAAGAGAAGAACCACCAGCGAACAGGAUCGAAAAGGUGAUCGGCGGGGCCGAGAACCGCUGGCAAGCAUCCAGCGUGCGACUGGCAAGGGCGCGGCUCAACAACAGCGCCGGCUCGCUCGAUAGAAAGCCGUGGACGCCGCAGAACAGCAGCAGGACCCGCGCUGAAGUUUUCGGCAGCGUGGGCGCUACAAACGCUCGGAGGGCGAUUGCUUCGCGCUCGCAAGCUCCUCGAGUCAGCAGGACUGCGGCUCUUUGUCGGUCGAGGUCCGGUGGGACCAGCACAUCUGCCAAGAUCGCACUCUCAAGUCCUCGCUCUGUCGAUCAAGCUGUGUGCGCGUGCUGCACAACUCGCAGCAGCCAACCGAAGCAACUGCAAGUUGCAGCGAAGGCGCUCGCAGCCUAG